CUCUCCUCCUCCUCCUCAGUCUCUCCUCUUCCUCCUGCAUCCCUCCUCCUCACAUUAGCCCGGUGCUUGUGCUGCCUCCGUCUCCUCCGUGCGGCGCGGCGCGGCCAUGGUGGACUCUCCCAGCGCGAUGAAGAAGAGCUUCUCGGUGCUGGAGAUCAAACCGCUGGACCAGUACGACUUCAACCGGGCCAAGAUCUGCGCCAGCGUCCGNNGGCUGCUGUCGAAAUCGUACGGCUCUGCAGAAAAUAGUCCUGUAGAGUUGAGGAGCCACUUUACAAGACCAGAUAGAACAAGAGCACCUCAAGCAUCCGUCUGCAGCUUUGCUCUGUCUCCGAGAUCUUACUGCAGAGCCCAAGUCUGUCUGGCUCAGGCGCACGGGGUCUCUCAGCCAGCGUCACAGGGUCCCCGGCUGGACAACUCCGCCCUGCUGCAGUUCCCAUUAAAAAAAGGUUUCACUCCAAAGGUCCAGGAUGCAGACGUCACCGAGGAGGACCUCAGCUACGUCCCCCAUAAGACGAAAGCCCACCUCGCCCUGAUUGACGCUCUGAUGACAGUGGCAGCCAAAGAGACGGUGGGCAGGGUGAAGAUGGCGGUGGAGGCGGAGCAGAUGGGUGUCGGGUCUCCGUGGGAGAACGCUCUGCUCUUCUGGGUCAACAGGCUGAACCAGAAGUUGAGAGAAAUCACAGAAGAAGAAGAGCCCCCUAAGUCGCAGACAUGUACAGACCUGCAAUCUGCCCAGGAUGCGUGUCAAUCCACCCGUUGGUACUGGAAACUAGUCCCCCAUGCUAUCGCUUUUUGUUUGAAGGAGUCGGGGAAUAAGCCGCCAGUGAUCCGCUAUAGGAAGGACAAAGUGCAGUCUAAGCUGACUCCUACUUUCCCUCUGGUCAAUGCGGUCAAAGAUCUGUCUAAUGGCUGCGCUAUAGCUGCUGUGUUGCACUACUACUGCUCCAGCUUGCUGCCUCUAGAGGAUGUGUGUCUGAAGGACACUAUGUCAGUGGCUGACAGUCUCUACAACCUGCAACUGAUCAAAGAGUUUUGUGAGAGCAGUUUACAGAGCUGCUGCCCCCUCGCUGUGGAGGAUCUGCUCUACGCUCCACCGGUUCUGCAUCUGAACAUCAUGAGCUUCAUAGCUGAACUGCUGGAGUGGUUUGAGGUUAAGAAGCCUGAUUUUGUUCAGCCGAUACAACCCGUCGACCUCACAGAUGUCUCAGGGUUACUAGACUGUACAAGUCCAGUCCACGGAAACAGCAACAGUGGUUCCCCUUCCUUUAUCUUCAAACAACCCUUUGUGCCCAUCUGUUCCCCUGUGUCACCUGAAAACAAAAGUUGGACAAAGAAACAAAUCAGUCGUCCUCUGUCAGCUGUGACUUUCAGCAUCCCAUUUGGGCUGGACAGUGAUGUUGACAUUGUCAUGGGAAACCCAAUAGAUUCUGUCUUUCGCUCUGUCAGCACUGACAGCCUCACCACCGGCAUCCCUGCAAUGACUUCACCAGUGACAUCAGCAGGGAUGACUCAUGUCCCAUAUAGCCCUCCAGAGGACUUCAGCCACCUGGUCAGUGCUUCUGCACCAUCGCAGCGGUCGUCUUGGGGUCCUUACGCACACACAACACCACUGGGAGAGCUGCCGACCAUCGAGGAGGCGCUACAGGUGGUUCAUACUGCUGGCAGCAAAGAUCGGAGGAAGGGAAGGACAGCAGAGAAAGGAGGAAAAGGGGUGUUGGGAGGAAGGCCAGAACCCAGGUUACGUCCCGAAGGAGCCCCUGCUGGUUUCUUCCUACACUCCCCUGAGGAGGAUAAUCCCCAGCUUAGUAGCUCUGCUCCUUGUCGCUCUGGAGUCAUCCACCGGCCUGUCGGGGGAGAGGUUGGUGAUAGUAAAAGGCAAGGAAGGGGAGAGAGGAGGGAGAAAUCAGGACGUACCUCUGAUAUGUCACGCGAUGACGACUCCGUUCUACGAGAUGGGAGCGUUGACUCCUCUGAAGCAUCGGAUGAUACCCCUAGAAAUGCCCCUGGUAAUAUUCGACCCAGUAACAGUCGCCAGGGAAACCACGGCAUCAGCAACGGUCCGCGGAUGACAAGCUUUGCUGAGCGACGAGACAGCAGAAGAAGACAUCCCGCUGCACCCGGGGAGGAGUCAGCCUCUGCCCCGACACCGACAACCCCAGGCACUCCACAGACACCCUCCACCCCAGCAGGGGCACCUGGCCACCAGGACAGCCCAGGUCCCAGAGGCCCUGAGCCAGGCUCUGAGGCCUGGGAUUUGGGGGCUCGUCUUGAGGAAAAACGCAAAAGCAUUGAAGCCCAAAAAAGACGUAUUGAAGCAAUCUUUGCCAAGCAUAGACAGAGGCUUGGAAAGACUGCUUUCCUUCAACUGAAAAGAGAGCAAGGAGAAGGAGGAGGGGAGGGAGCAGAGGAAGAUAAUCUUACCCUGGAGGAGCGCCUCACGCGCAUGGAGGAACAACUGAAACAGGAGGAGGAGAAGGAAGAGAAGGAACAGAAGGAGAAAGAAAAAGAUGGAGAGAAGGAGAAAGAUAAGCCAUCUGUUUCCAAUCCUCCUCGGUUAGAGAAGCAGGUCACAUUCUCUAUUGACAGUAAGAAAGAGGCAGAGAAAGAAAAAGGAGCAGAGAAAGAGAAAGGAGGUGAAGUCCUGGUGGAGUAUAAUGAAGUGGUGCAAAAACUGAGUGAAGCUCUGCAGUCACUACAGAAGGACAUGCAGAAACUUACAGAACAGCAACAGCAGCUCAUGAGUGACCAAAGACCCAGAAAUACACCCAAAACUACUCCAAAAUCGACACCCAAAAAUUAUGCCAAAACACAACCCAAAACUCCUCCUCACACUCCGACAAAGACACCGCCAAGAACCCCGACAAGGACUCCUACAAGGAGCACCACUAAAGCUUGGAUCAUUCCUGCUAGUUCCAAUUCCCCCUCUGCCUCCUCCCCGUCAAGGCGUUCUCAAGUCCUUACCUCCCCAAAGACUGUCAUCUCUUCUUCCUGCCCAGCUCCUCGCACUAAGAUCCACUCCUCCUCCACUCCCCGCAGCCCCAAGCACCACCCACGUCCCCAACAUCAGCCUCACCCACGGCCUUCUGAACUCAAGUUUCCCCCACUCAACCGCGCCUUGACACCAACCCAUAAUGUGGACACCCUCCAACAUCUGCGACGUGUGUCACCCAGCAAGUGUCAGGUUCAGACCUCAUCUUCUUUCCGUAUCGGUGGGCCUCGGACUCCUCAACAGUCUCCACAGCCUGUCCAGCUGCCUGUCCAGCAGCCUGAUGAGUGCACCUCAGACACAGGCUCUAGUGAGACACCAACUCAGUUCAGCCUGGAGCUAGAGCAGGAAGAGAUUGAGGCUGUUGGAGGACUGCCAGUCUUGUCUCACUUUAGACAAGAUCGUCCGAGGGCUGCUUGUGGAAGCAGCUCUGGAGCGCCUUCCGAAUGCUCAUUUGAGAGCGAGACAUUGUCCCUCUCUGCUGCGUACAGCGAAGGAGGAGAAGGCGGGAAAGGUCGAGGUGCAGGGAAGCGCUGCAGCCUGAUUGAGGUCUCCCUGUCAUCUCUUGGAGGACCAGAGGGGGGCAGUGACGAACCAACUGAUGAAGGGCAGGAGUUUUCCUCUGAUUCUAUGAGCGACAACACAGAAUCUGCUGUAGAACCUGUUAGAGGACUCGUUGCAGAACCCCUAGACCCCAUAGAGCAGCUGGAGCUGGCCACAAGAGCCGACAACUUGACGGAACAACAAACUGAAUCCAAAGGAGAACAGACGAUGCAGACGGAAACUUUGGAACCAAGUGCAGAAGAGAAUGAGCAGGGGACAAAAGGAGGAAUUCAGUUUUUCUUUAAGGAGGAGGUACAUAGUGAGGAGGAGAUGGCCCAGCGUAGAGCUUUACUGUUGGAAAAACAGCAGAAGAGAACUGCGGAGCUGAAGAAGAGGAGACAGUGGCAUGAGCAAGAAAGAGAAAACGGACCAGCAUUGGCAGACAAAAGAGUGGCAUCUCCCUCCAAUACACCUCCUGUAGACACAACCUCACCUUCCCCCACACCUCCUGCUACACCAGUCCGCCGGGACGAUUUCACACGACGGGAGUAUGCAUGGCGGCACCAACUCAAGAUCAUGGAUAACUUGGACAAAGUGCUGCGGGAAAAAUCAACCACUCAAGGACGAUCUUCUGCAAAGAAAACCCGCUCCCGGCCUCGCAGCAUGACCAGGGAGGAAACCAAGCUCUCUCUGAGUCCAGCCAAGGGAACAACUGGCUCUAAGUUGACCAAAGUCUACUCUCACUCCUCCCUCAACCUGGUAGCCACGGAUGAGCCAGGAAACAGAUGUGCAGACCCCACAAAGAAACCUAACAGCCGUCCUGGUUCACCUGCAGGAUGUGUGACACCAAGUAGACUAGCCAAUCAAAAUGGAGAUAAAGAAUGUGAUACUGGUUCCAAUGGUGCCUCACCUGCCCCAGAAUACACAGGUCCAAAGCUCUUCAAAGAACCAAGCUUCAAGUCCAACAAAUUCAUCAUUCACAACGCUCUCACUCGCUGCUGCCUCGCUGGAAAGGUCAACGAGACACAGAAAAACAAGAUAGUUGAGGAAAUGGAGAAGAGUCCUGCCAACCACUUCCUCAUCCUCUUCCGAGAUUCCAGCUGCCAGUUCAGGGGCGUUUACACCAUGAACUCCGACUCCCAGGAGCUUGUACGAUUGGCUGGCGUGGGCCCACGGACAAUCAGCUCCACCAACGUGGAGUCCAUCUAUAAGUACAGUUCAGACAGGAAGCAGUUCAGUGCCAUACCCUCUAAAACCAUGGGCAUGAGCGUGGACGCCUUCACCAUCCCCGGCCAUCUUUGGCAAGGAGGAGGAGGAGGAGCAGCAGGAGGAGGAAGCAGGAGAGCAAGCAUUACUAAGAAGGCAGUCAUUUCCAAGUGAGGAUUAUAACACAUCACAGUGACCGAUCAUUAAAGAAAACACUGUAAUCACACUGUAAUUAUAGGGAAUAACAGUAGGAGGAGGAGGAGGAGGAGGAAGCAGGAGAACAAGCAUUACUAAGAAGGCGUCACGUCCAAGUGAAGAACAUAACACAUGACAGUGGCAGAUCAUUAAAGAGAGCACUAUAAUUAUAGUGAAAACCAUAUGCACACAGCUGAGCAUUUAGCCAUGUGUGUGCAUAUAUACACCUUACCUCUCUUGCCCUUUUACAACAAAUAUGAAACAUUAAAAAAUGAUUUGUACUCCCCCUUAAUGUGCAUGAAAAUGUUAACAGCACAACUUUCUUUUCCUAAAUAGAGACAAACCCCUACCCAGAGUGUACAGAGGAAGGUUUUGUAAAAUGUUAGGUUAAUUGCACAAGGAAGAGGUACUUUUAAAAAGUCUCAUUACUUAUACUUUCAUUGUUUGAAGUACAAACUCAAAAAUCACUUUUUUUCUUUCAGAAGAAAAGAAAACUUUAUUAAGUUGUUUAUUGAAAAACACUGACUUUCAUAAGACACACGAUUACUGUCUGUUCCCUCUCUGUUCUGUGGACUAAAGUCCUCAAGUAGAACGCCAGUUUUAUACAUUAAGCCAAACAACAGAGAAAAUGCCUUCUUGUGUCAGUGUGACUGGCAGGACUUUUAUCUUGUAUGACUUUCAAGUUUAAUUCUACCAACAACUGUCAAUAGGUGGAUCGAAGCACAUUUGUUUUGCAAAAUGAAAGAUAGCCAUAACCAUAUGAUGCAGACUUCAAAGAUCUGUAAGUGUGUCUGUGGUUUUCAGAGACGAUCAUCACAGCAUGGAUGGUUCAUUACUGUACGUGGUAUAAGCUUAUUUCAAAAUAAUAUCAAAGUGAGAACUUGUGGCUUGAAUAAACUAUGUUGAUAAUGGGUAUAUGUAUGAGCUACUAAUAGCAUAUUGAGGAUGAUGUGUCAUGACGAGCUUAUAUUUAGAAGUAUCUGGACUGUUGUGCUCUUGGUUAGGGAUGGGUUUCCAAUAGCUGGUUCCAGUUGAUAAAAUACCAAACCUUAUUGAAUCUUUAAUUCACGGUCUCUCUCAGAUUGCCUCUUUUACCUGUUUCUGACAAAGAAAAAAAAAAACUGUUGACAUUUCAUUUACAAACACGUGGUAACUCAGUGACACAUUUUUUAAGUAAGUCUGACUGUACGUGGUGAACCGCCUUAAAGUCAACAGAACAACUGCAAAAUGCAAUAUUUGCAGGAGAGUACUCAAAGGGGAAACAACAAGUCCCUUACUUAAAUAUUUAUCUACUGUACAUUAUGUUUAAGUAAGAGCUUUUGGCCUAUCAGCCUACCACCGGUGUUACACUGUGUUCUGUGACCUGCAGCAGACCAGCAACUAAUUUGCGGUGAGGUAACUUUAAGUGCAUCGUGCAUGCAAAGAAAAUCUGUGAUUUAGAUUUCAAAUAAUAAUAAUUAAUGUUAUGUCCACUGUGUUGUUUUUACUUCCGCUUCUACGGCUUCUGCAGCUGUAGCAAACACUGGUUUCCCCCACAGCAAAAGGAGGAGUGAGUUUGGACAGGGUUAAUGAACGUCAGAAUAUAUGUAAGUUUAGUUAUAAUACUCAGUGAAAGAAAAGUACAUAUUGUUUUACCUAAGAUCGAGAGUCUUUAUUUCCCAUCAAACAAACUACCUAACAAGAUUUUAUAAGGCAUUUGAAAGUAUUUGGAUUUGAUAAGCAGAUUAAGAACUGGAUUCAGAUUUUAUUAAAUUCUAUCGAAGCCCAUCCCUACCGUUGGUAGAGUGCACUCAAUUAAAUUGGUGUGUUUCAGACCAGCAUUCAU